AAUGGCAGAAAACUAGCUAGGCGCGUAGUCAAAAACUGCGUUAGCUGCACACGUCUUCGUGGUCAGACCUAUAAUCCAAAAAUGGCUGACUUACCUGCAAAUCGCGUCAACGUUGACUUUCCCUUCAAGUCUGUUGGAGUAGACUAUGCGGGCCCUUUCUUCAUUCUAAAUCGUAAAGGACGCGGUGCUAGAGUAGUUAAGUGCUACUUAUGUCUGUUUGUGUGUUUGCGCUUCAAAUGCAUUCACUUAGAGGUCCUAUCUGAUUUGACAAAAGACGCUUAUAUUAUGACACUUCGCAGAUUUGUGGCACGCCGUGGAAAGCCAACCGAAAUGUUUUCCGACAACGGUAAAAAUUUUGUUGCUGCCGCGAAAGAAUUAAAUAGUUUUCUAAAGGCUAAUCAAGAACCUCUGUCUGAGUUUGCUGCUCAGGAGGGAAUAAAAUUUUCUUUUAUCCCCGCUUACGCUCCUCACUUUGGUGGAAUAUGGGAGGCCGGGGUUAAGUCCGCUAAACAUCAUAUAAAGCGAGUCAUGGGCAAUACCCAUCUUACAUUUGAAGAACUUUCGACAUUGUUUGCUCAAGUAGAGGCUAUUCUCAAUAGCCGUCCUCUAUGUCCCAUGUCAUCUUCCCCGAAUGACUUCCUAUCCUUGUCCCCAGGGCACUUUUUAAUUGGAAGACCAUUGAAUGCACUACCGGCUCCUUCAUUGGAUGACGCUAAAGAGAGCUCCCUAGAUAGAUAUGGCAGACUUGAACAAAUCCGCCAACACUUCUGGAAGAGAUGGCAGAAGGAGUAUAUCUCAAAAAUGCAACUACGAACCAAAUGGAAGGUUGACAAAUCAAAAAUAAACAUCGGAGACCUCGUACUGCUUCAAGAGGAUAAUUCUCCACCACUUUGUUGGCGCAUGGGGCGUAUCGUUCGAUUAUUCCAUGGAACAGACGGCGUUUGUCGAGUUGCGGACGUCGAAACUACAAGAGGCUGCGUUCGAAGACCUUUGGUUCGACUAUGUCCUCUGCCCACUUCUGAAGACCUUCAAGCUUGAAAAUCUACGCUUUUCACCGGGGGGAGGAUUAUGUCUACGCCUGUUAAUUUAUAAUAGCAAUCGCGCACCCACCAUCAUAGAUUAUCAUUUUUAUUUUUAUUUUAUUAUAUCGGGUAGAAUGUAUUUUUUCCACUUAUCUAAAAUCUUUGUACAAAGGUGUGUCGGUCUCGAAAAUAAAUUGUUUUAAACGGAA